GAUUAGCGAGCGUAUAAAUACACACGGCAACGUUAUAAUUAUGAUAACGGUUUUUAGUAUAUUCGUCAUGGUCUUUGCGACAAUUGCAUCGGUGCAUGCAUAUCCAGAACCGGCCAAUAUGAGGGUUCCGUUUAAAUUCUACACCCGUGAGGAUUGGGGAGCAGCGCCGGGUAACGAUACUCAGCCACUGAAUACACCAGUGUCAUAUGUGGUGAUCCACCACACUUACAUGCCAGCAGCCUGUCAUACCGUCGAUGAAUGCUCGCAGAGCAUGCACUCCAUGCAAAAGUACCAUGGAGUCACACUGGAAUGGGGCGAUAUUGGCUACAAUUUCUGCAUUGGCAGUGAAGGUGGUGCUUACGAGGGUAGAGGUUGGAAGACAAAAGGCAUCCACGCAGGCCGAGCUAACGGAGUCAGCGUGGGUAUUUGCCUCAUCGGUGAUUGGAGAACUGAACUACCUCCGCCGAUACAAUUGGAAACAACCAAGGCACUGAUUGAAUAUGGCGUGAAGAAUUGUUUCGUAAAACCUGACUACAAAUUAGUUGGUCACAGGCAAGUUAUGACAACCGAAUGUCCCGGUGGAGCCCUUUACGAACAUAUCAAGACAUGGGAUCACUUCUCCCCAACAUUUGUAUUAUAAAGAUUGACUAAAUCUAGGCAUGACUCAUAAUAGGUAAUUAGAUAUAAGUCUUAUUUUGUGCAAUAAUAAAAUCUACUUCAGUACUCUUGCCAUAAUAAUAAAUAAAUUACCUACUUGCUUAAGAAUUAUUGUUUAAGUUAUAAUUAUGUAUUCGUAUAAC